AAGAAGCUCCAAAACCGAGGGCGUGAAGGCGGAGCUCCCAGAGGCCAGAGCAGAAACGCAAAACCCCUCCCUCCCAGCAAAGCCGCCUUGUUCCUAUCGCCGCCUUCUCGAUUUGAAGCCCCCCCGCAUCAAUCAAUCCCCAAGCCCCCCCACCUCACCUCACUCCGCUCUCCCCCCACUCCCCCGCAUCGCCAAUGGAGACCGCGCUCGCCGCCGUGUCCGUGUCCAGAUCCGCCUGCCCCCGCGCCGCCGCGCUCCCCUCCCGGGCGCCGCUCCUCCCCAGCCGCGUCGCCGUGGCGGCUCCCUCCGCGGCGCGCCGGAGCCUCGCCGUCUCCCGCCGCGCCGCUGCUGCUGACGAUAAGGUGGCUGCUGCGCCGGCGGCCGAAGCAAUCCCCAUCGAGAAACAGUACGCUGCCUUCCCGACGGUCAUGGACAUCAACCAGAUCCGCGAGAUCCUGCCCCACAGGUUCCCAUUCCUUUUUGUUGAUAGAGUGAUCGAGUACAAAGCAGGAGAAUCUGCUGUUGCGAUCAAGAAUGUCACGAUAAACGAUAGCUUCUUCCCUGGGCAUUUCCCAGAGCGGCCCAUAAUGCCUGGUGUUCUCAUGGUUGAGGCUUUGGCGCAGGUCGGAGGUAUUGUGAUGUUGCAACCUGAAGUCUGUGGAGCCCAAGACAAAUUCUUUUUUGCAGGGAUUGACAAAGUGAGGUUCCGUAAGCCAGUAAUUGCUGGGGACACCUUGGUCAUGAGAAUGACCCUGACCAAGUAUCAGAAGAGAUUUGGACUUGCAAAGAUGGAUGGAAAAGCCUAUGUGGAUGGUGAGCUUGUAUGUGAGGGGGAGUUCCUCCUGGUUAGUGCUAACGAGUAGCAGCUGAAAGAGAUCUAGUAGUGAAGAUCAUGCACAUUCAUUGUUAGAAUGGGGCUAGGUUCUUUUGUUGCGAGAAUUGGGUUGUAAACCAAAUGACAUCAUGUGAGGCAGUCUUUUACAUCAAGUUUGUGUAUCCAAUGCAACAUAUGGGUUCAAUUUUUGCCUUUGCGGUCUGAGUCCAGCAAUGCUGCUGUUCUUGGCUUCAAAGUCCUAUGCUUGUUCAAAUGGUUGUUUGAUGGUAAUGUAUUUGGCUUCAAAGUCCUAUGCUUGUUCAA